GUCAGCACAUGUGUCAGCAGCAUCACGGGUCAGUCUAACAUUCUCACCCUCAUCCGCCUGGAUUACUUCAAACUAUCAGGAGAGACACCCGGAAUGUGUCUCCUCACAUCAGUCCUCCUCUUCAUCACCUCAUAAGGGACACUCGCUGAAUCACAGGACCUUCAUCUAUCAUCAUCAUCAUCAUUCAUCAUCAUGUCUGGGAAAUCGGACGGCGCGCAGAAGAAGUGGGCGGCCGUGCGGGGUCGACUGGGCUCGUCUCAGGACUCGGACGGCCCGCAGGAGGCCAACCUGGAGAACGCAGACGCCGAGCUGUGCAUCCGUCUGCUGCAGGUGCCCACCGUGGUCAACUACUCGGGCCUGAAGAAGCGUCUGGAGAAGAGCGACCAGACCUGGAUGGUGCAGUUUCUGGAGCUCUCGGGCCUCGACCUGCUGCUGGAGGCCCUGGACCGUCUGUCGGGACGCGGCUGCUCUCGAAUCGCAGACGCCCUGCUGCAGCUGACGUGUGUGAACUGCGUCAGAGCCGUGAUGAACUCGUCCGCCGGGAUUCACUUCAUCGUGGAUAAUGAGGGAUACGUGCGCAAGCUGUCGCAGGCUCUGGAUACGUCCAACACCAUGGUAAAGAAGCAGGUGUUUGAGCUGCUGGCAGCCCUCAGCAUGUUCUCCUCAGAGGGACACAGACUCGCUUUAGAUGCUCUGGACCAUUACAAGUCUGUGAAGACGCAGCAGUACCGGUUUAGUGUGAUUAUGAAUGAACUCCAAUCCACUGAUAACGUGCCUUACAUGGUGACUCUUUUGAGCGUCAUAAACGCCCUGAUCUUCAGCGCCGAUGGCCUACGCCAGAGAGACAAGAUGCGCAAGGAGUUCAUCGGAUUACAGCUGCUUCACCUGCUGCCAAAGUUAAGAGAAGAGGAUGAUGAAGACUUGAUUAUUCAGUGUGAGGCGUUUGAAGAGGCCAUGGCUGAGGAUGAGGACGAGCUCCUGAGGCUUUAUGGAGGAAUUGACAUGAGCAACCAUCAGGAGGUCUUCACAUCUCUGUUUAACAAGGUGAGCAGUUUCCCGUCUUCUCUGCAGCUGUUGUCCAUCAUGCAGGCGCUGCUGCUGUUGGGUCCCGAGCGAGCGGAUAUCUGGCAGGCGCUGGAGGCGCUCGCUAACCGAGCCAUACUGAUCGCUCAGAGCUCUGAGAUGGAUUCUUGUGAGAAGAUCCUGCAGCGUCUCGUCUUCGCUAAGGAAUCGUCCAAAGGCUCUUUUGAGGUCAACAGUUACAAAAGAAAGAAUCAAGCCGUUCAGACGGAGACAAAAGACGACAAACUGGAGUGCUCCUGCAGGUCAGCCAAAAACCAGGAACCUCCACGCAACUCCACAAAGGCUGCGUCUGCUUCUCUAGCACCUCCUCCACCACCUCCUCUGCCCAGCAUGGCUGCUUCUCCCCUCUCAGCAGUGCCUCUUAAAACGGGAGCGGGACCUCCUCCUGCACCUCCUCCACCACCUCCUUUACCAGGAGCAGCGAUGCUUCCUCCGCCACCUCCUCCACCUCCUCUUCCAGGAAUGGGUUCUGCAGGUCCUCCACCGCCUCCACCUUUACCUGGCAUGGGUGCGCCUCCUCCUCCACCUCCUCUGCCAGGAAUGGGUGGUCCUCCUCCUCCCCCUCCUCCUUUCCCAGGAAUGGGAGCUCCUCCUCCUCCACCUCCUCCUCCAGGUGUAAACGGCCCUCCUGCUCCUCCUCCUCCUCCAGGAGGGGGCGAUGUGAUCGUGGCCCGGACGUUUUAUCCGGUUGGCCAGUGUUACUCCGCACCGGUGAAGAGCGGCCCGUACCCAACGCUCCGGAUGAAGAAACUCAACUGGCAGAAGCUCAACUCCAGAGCCGUCACCGAUGGCCCUUCAAUAUGGGCGUCCGUCCCGAGCGACUCGCCGCUGGAGCCCAAUUACACCAGCAUCGAGCAGCUCUUCUGUCUGCCGAUCGCUGAACCCAAAGACAAGAGCACGGCCGCACCGGUCAAGAAAGAGCCCAAGGAGAUCUCCUUCAUCGACCCCAAGAAGAAUCUGAACCUGAAUAUCUUUCUGAAGCAGUUCAAGUGCUCUAAUGAGGAGUUUGUGUCGAUGGUGCAGAAAGGAGAUUGCUCCAAAUUUGACGUGGAGUCCUUGAAACAGCUCCUGAAACUGCUUCCGGAAAAACACGAGACUGAAAACUUAAAAUCCUUUCAAGGAGAUUUAGACAAACUGGCCAACGUGGAUCGCUUUUACGUCUCACUGCUGGCUGUACCGUGUUACCAGCUGAGGAUUGAAUGCAUGUUGCUGUGUGAGGAGACGCUGUCUGUGCUCGACAUCCUGAAGCCGAAGGUGGAUCUGGUGGAGACGGCCUGUGAGAAUCUCAGGAAAAGUUCACUGCUGCCCAGUUUCUGCAAACUCAUCCUCGACGUUGGAAACUUUCUCAACUAUGGAAGCCACACAGGAAACGCUGAGGGAUUCAAGAUCAGUUCCCUGCUGAAACUCACUGAAACCAAAGCAAACAAGAGCCGCAUCACACUCUUACAUCACAUCCUGGAGGAAGCCGAAUUAAACCAUCCGGAGCUGCUGAACCUUCCAGACGACAUUGAGGCCUGUGAGAUAGCGGCCGGCAUAAAUCUGGACUCCAUUCAAGCAGAAACCAGUCAACUUCUGAAGAGGCUGAGAGACGCGGAGAAGAAAGUGUCUUCGUCGGUCGAGGACGUCAAGCAGCAGUUUUCGGGGCUCAUUGAGAAAAACCUGACGGCGUAUGAAGCUCUGGACGAGCGUUUCUCAAACAUCAACAAUAAGAAGGGUGAUCUGGCUCAGUAUCUGUGUGAAGACGUGGCUCAGCUCUCGCUGGACGAGCUCUUCAACACCAUCAAGACUUUCCGUCAGCUCUUCAUCAAAGCCCUGAAGGAAAACAAGAUCCGUAAAGAACAAGCGGCAAAAGCGGAGAAAAGAAAGCAGCAGCUGGCGGAGGAGGAAUCCAAGAGACAGAAAGGAGAAGAUGGGAAAAUAAUUCGUAAAGGGCCGGUGCCGCAGGACGACGGCUGCAUCAUCGAUCAGCUCCUGGCCGACAUUCGGAAGGGUUUCCAUCUGAGAAAGACUCAUCCCAGGUGCGAAACGGAUUCCCCUUCUAGUGAAAUGCGUAGAGAUACGGGAGCGUCCGCAGCAAGUGCCAAGUGUGUCGGAGAAGAAGCUGGAUCGUCUGUAGUCGAAACGUCUCCAGGAGAUCCGGCCAAAGGCGGCACCAGUCCCAGCACUGAAGACUCCUCAGUGGUUAACAGUGAAGCGGAGAGCCCUACGUCAGACGUGAAGGAGCUUCAGUCGCCUGAAACCAACUCAACAGACGUCAGUCCAGCACAAACCCCAUCCACAAACACUCCAGCUCAGGAAACAGACAAUACGUCACCCAGCUGCCUUACAACAACCAACACAGAACAACAGCAUCAGAAUCACAACAGAAAUAAUAUCAGGUCUACAGAUGAACAUGUGACUCCAGUGAACACAACCGACCCUUUAACCUCCAGCGCUCAUAAUGACUCAAACACGAACGGCGGAUGCGAUAAUAGUGACUCUGUGAAGAAUAAAGACGAGCCGCUUCAGUCGAGUAACGCUAGCACGGAUGACAACGGAAACCAGACGUCUGGAAGACAGCAGGCGUGUGAUGAUGUAGACGGAGUGACGCCACAAGCCCCGCCCACUCCUGGUGUAGGCCCCGCCCCCCUGAAACCUGAAAAUAAAAAACAUUUCCUCCCAAGAAACAAAAAAAGCAGUGAAGUGGAGGGUAACAGAGGGAAUGGACGCUCUAAAAAGGGAUGUGUGUUGCAGUGAGGAAGCUCUAGAAAAAGAAGAACAAAAGGGAGAAGGAAAAGCUGAGCCAGUUCCUGCUGUGAUCCUGUUAUUCCACUGGAUCUCAUCGGAGCGGAUGAGAUCAGAGCCGCCGUUUCAUCUGCAGAGGAGCGACUGAUGGCGUACUUAAGUGAAAAUACACAUUGUACACUGUGUAUUUGCGUUUGGCUUAAAGAAAUGUAUUUUUAAAUGCUAAUUCUUUGGAUUUGACCAAACUGUUUUAAUAUUUGCACACUGUAAGAUACAUUUAUGAUACACCAAAUGUUUGUUUACAUAUGAGUGUGUUUAAUAGAGGAGAGGAAAAAAGGCUAAUCAUGGAUUGCUGUGUGUUUCUCAAACCUUUAAGAACUUGCUGUUAACUAUUAAUAUUGCUCUGAAUGUAAACUUUAUAUGUUACAAAGAUGUUUGGCAUUAAUCCUGCAAAGUAUUAGUUCAUUAGGAGAUAUCAGUUCUGAAAUAUUAGUGUAAUAAAAUUUCUUAGCAGAAAUGAUUAGAUUAUAUUUUACGCUUGCAGUGGUUGAGCCGGACUGUUUAGUAUCUUCAUUUGAGUGUGAGUUUCAUAUUGAUGUCGGUAUGUAUUUUCAUCAAGAAAAUGUCUAAAUUAUAUAUAUAUAAAAAUAAAAAUGCAAUCGGU